GCCUGAUCUGAUCAUGUGACUCGUGUGGUUGUUAUGGAAACCGGACGCCGGAAUCCGUUCUUGUGUGUGUGGUCUCUGCCCCAAGUGUGUGAGGACGUAUGGCAUACGAAACAAGGGAGUUGAUGUAAAGAAGCAAAAACCAAGGAAACCAACCCAUGCCACUCCUGUGAUCUGUGGAUUUUCACAUGCUUACAAGAACCUCUCCUGGUAACAAGAUGGAGUCUUCCUUUCCAGCUGUGUUCCCCCAAACAAGUGAAACCUUUACUGUCCCUUUGACAGAGACAGAGCUUCAUAAACUUUUAAUUGAUGAAAAAAUGCGAUGUGAAGACCACAAGUCCAACUAUCAGACUCUGAAAGCUGAGCACACCAGGUUGCAAGCUGAUUAUAUAAAGUCUCAAAAUGAAUGUAAGCAAUUUGCUGCUGAGAUUCGGAGCAUGCAUGAAAAAUAUAAACUUCUACUGGAGGAACUGCGCGGAGAGCUUUUAGAAAAAACAAGUGAAAUGGAGGAGCUAAAGCUACAAGUGCUGUCACCUCACAAACUAGAACUAUUAAAAAUUCAAAUACAGCAAGAAAUCGAAGCUCCAGUGCGACAACACUGUCAAAAACUGGUUGAAGAUACUGAAAAAUAUCGCGCAGACUACAAUAAACUGCGUUAUGAAACAAGUAUUCUUGCAGCUCAGCUUGAGCAACAGAAAGAGGAGCAGACUCGUGUUUUAGCAGAGCAGAAGAUCAAGUAUGAAGCUGAGAUCUCACAGCUAGAAAAAGAUAAAGAAGAACUUCAAAAUCAGAUAAUAAGUGUUGAUCCCACAAGAGAUAGCAAACGUGUAGAGACGCUCUUGGGAGAAAAAGUCCAAUUAUGCCAAAUGAUAAAAGAUUUAAAGGCUGAGGUGACAGAACUUCGAGCAUCUAGAGACCAUUAUGGAUCACAAGCAGAAAAUGUACAAAGAUCCCAAAAGCAACUGUUUGCCGAGACCCAGGCAACUAUCCGAUCCCUUGAGGCAGAGAAGCAGUCUUUAAAACUGAGCCAGGAACGACUAGAAAAUGAGCUUCACAUGACAACAGAACAAAAUGACAUCUUAAAUAAAAAACUGCUGGAAGUGGAGAGAAAGGUUCAUACACUCACUAGCAAAAUCGAUAAGCUAAAGCAUUCCCAGAGCAUUGAAAUUACCAACAUAAAAUUAGAAUCUGCCAGAGCAAAGAAUGAAGCUGAGAAAGAUAAAGACAAGUUUCAAGGUCAACUCGAAGACUUAGAAACAGAAAAUGGGAUUCUGACAGCAACCCUGGAACGCCAAAAGGAGCUUCUGGCUGAGAAAGAGCGCGAGCUAAUACGUAAAGUGCAAGCUGCCAAAGAAGUAGGACUUCAGGAAACUGCUACAAUCCUGGCUGAAAGGAUGGAACUAGAAAACAGACUAGCUGAACUGGAGAAGUAUAAAGAGGACCAGGACCAUCAGAACAACACGGAAAUAAGUCAACUCAAAGAAAAGGUUCAUAUUGCUCAGUUAGCAGAGGAAUCUGUCAGAAAGGAACUUCAGAAUUUAAGGUCUAAACUCCAGCAACAAGUGUUCUAUGCAGAACAGAUAAAGAAGGAAGUUCAUGAUGUAGCAGACCUCAAACGAGAAAUGAAAGACUUACAAACUCAGGUAGCAUCUUUAUCAGAGUCUGAAAACAAUCUACUGCGCACAAAUGAGAAACUAAGGGAAAGGGUAGAACAUCUUCAACAAGAAAAUCGCAGUGCUAGAAGCCAGGCAGAAAAGGCUCAGCAUGAUGCAGAAAAAGAACUUGAGGGGAAUAGAAUUGAGUGGCUCCAGGAGAAACAUAAACUACAGGAGAACCUGUCCCGACUAGAAGACAAAUACAAGGAGUUAAAAGACAAAUUGCACAGGGCAGCUGUAGCUCAGAAAAAGAGAAAAAACAUACAUGACAACAAGUGUAAAAAACUACAAGCAAGGGUCGAAAUUUUGGAGGCAAAAAAAGAGGAACUGGAGACGGAAAAAUCUGUAUUGAAUAGGCAAAACAUUUCUCAAGAAGAGUAUGUACGUCUACAGAGAAGGCUGAAGGACCUCCAGCGUAGACACAAUGAGUUUCGCACUGUAAUACUUGGACCAAACAUUGCCACAUCUGGCUUUCUGCAUCCAGCCAGUUACCUGUCUUCCACACUGGUUCCAGGUGCUGAGUUUUCUGUCCAUAGUGUUCAGGAGGAACAACAUCAAAAAGAGCUUUCUAUGCUUCGAAAAAGACUGGAGGAAUUGGAAAUUGCACAGGAGAGGCAAUUAGAAGAACUUGCUCCACCUAUAGAGCGCAAUAAGGUAGAGACUGGAGGCUCAGGACAUCGGCGCAGGAAUACAGAAGAAGAAGAAGAGAAUAGUGCCUCAGGCUAA